AAAAAACACUCGUUCAAAAGUUGUCCUUGUGGGAAAAUACAGAUCAUGCAACAAAACUAACUCCUGCAUGCAGUUCGUAGUCAAACAAGCAGGUUUUCCUGUGGCAGAAGCAAAAUAAAGACCCAGGAGAGGAGACGGUGGUCUAGGGAGGCACAGAGGAAGAGGGGCAAAGGCAGAGGGAAGAGGCUGCACAGAGUCCAGUCCUCGGCAGUGAAGGCCAGCUUUCAAGUCCACCAUGGAGAGUGAUACUCCCAACCAGGCUGUGUUUGGCAAGGUGGAGUUCACUGGAGAGGAGCAGAUGGCCAUACAGAACAUAUUAAGACAGAAACUUGGGCAGUCUUUCAUCAGCCAGCGAUCAGGAGCGGGAGGCCAGCGGAUUGCUUAUAUAGAAGGCUGGCGCCUCAUAUCUUUGGCCAAUGAAAUUUUUGGCUUUAAUGGAUGGAGUCACUCUGUUACUAAUCAGACUAUUGAUUUUGUUGACCAUUAUAAUGGCCGUUACUACGUGGGAGUAAGUGCACGUGUACGUGUACAGUUAAAAGAUGGUGUUUUCCAUGAAGACAUUGGCUAUGGAGUCUCAGAGGGAAUGAAGAGUAAAGCUUUGUCAAUUGAGAAGGCAAGAAAGGAAGCAGUUACAGAUGGGAUGAAGCGUGCUCUUAAAAGCUUUGGCAAUGCCCUGGGUAACUGCCUGAGCAACAAGGACUACCUACGCUUCAUUGGUAAAGCUCCUGCUGCCCCUGUACCUGGGAUCACUGCUGGGGAGUUAUUACACCAAGAGACUGCAACAGGCUUAGAGCAGAUUCGAAGGAGAGCCUUAGAAGAGGGCCGCUUUGGGAUUCAGAAAACAAGAAAGGAUCAGGGAGCCAUUGCUUCUCAUUCAGCAGAUUCCAGCAAAGCAGAUGUGGCUGCUCCUCCUGUAGCCAAAGCAUCAUACCAAGAAAAAAUUAAAGGAAAUGGUAAUGCAAGCAUGAUGAGCAGCACCAACAGUGCCAGUAAUAAUAAAGGAAAUCAAAACCUUGUAGGGAAGGCAGAACAGGCAGACUCCUCAACAUCAAAGUGUGUAAUACAGAACAAGGUUUCUGAUCAGCAAGGAAAUGCCAUUUCAAAAAACCAAAAACCAAUUAAACCCCCAAAACUUCCAUUAAAUCUGAGUCUCCAUCUGCAGCUAAUCUCAUCAACUCUACUAUUUUUAGCAAAAUUUCCUCUCCACACAGUGGGAACUCAAUCACUGAGAAACCAUUUAUCAAAACAGAACAGGCACAUCCAGAAAUGAAAGUGAAAGAGAGAAAAAAACAGAAUACCAAUGCACCUACAAAUGAACAAACAGAGGUGAAACCCAAUGUCAUGCCACCAUUGGAAGCACACAACACCCCUUACCCAGAACAGACAGACAGGGUCAGCUCACCAAACUCCUUUGUGGGUUUUACCAAGGACAUGAUUGUCCAAUCACCAACAAAGUCAUGUGAGAAUAAUCUGCUCUCAGAUGAGGAGAAAAGAUUAGAAAGAAAGAGGAAGCAGAAGGAAAAGCAGCAAGAAUUCAAAAGGAAAAUGAAAGGAAGCCAACAGUCCCUGGACACAUCAUCAGCCAAAGUGAAUGGAAGCAAUACAGUGCUGGACACCAACUUAUGGGAGGACAGUGAAGAUGUAGUGGGAGAAGAUGACCCAUCGUUUUGGUCCACAUUGAUGACUCAGCAGUUAACUGAAGCCCGUGAGGAAGAGAAGCGAACAGAAUGCUUUGCUCAUUCACUUGGCUGCUCCACUAAACUAGAAGUAGAGAUCCAUGCCAUAUGGGUCGAGAAAGCUCAAUUCUGCAUUAGAGCCUUUAUUGCCAACUAUCAGUACAGUCCGUAUAGACAGAGUGGACAAGCACCUUUUACUGCAAAGGCCUUAGCGAAAAAGCCAAUUUCAGCUGAUAAUUCAUAAAGGUCGAACUAAAAGCCCAGUGAGUUUUAUAGAUGUUAGGAGAGAAGUUACUUCUGUGAAUUAUGAAGUUGUCCAAAGUAAAACAGAGAAGGAUAUAAACUCGGUUUUUAAUGAUGGGGAGGAUCCAUCAGUAUGGCGUUCACCUCGAGUAAAUAAGGGAAAUACUCACAAAUAUGAAGACUUCAGAGUUCCUCUGGCUCGGAGUAAUGGAUGCCCAGAUUCUAGACAAAAUUCUGUUUUGAUAAACAAAAAAAGGAAGGUGGAAGGGGCAAUAUAAAUGCUAUAGAGGAUUUUACAUAGAACUAAAAAAGCAUUUUAAGAAUCUUGAGUAUCCUUAGGUUCAUAGAAAAUAUUUUUAAAAAGUGUUUUUCAUAUUUUAUACUGUGUUCAUCCAAAACAUUAGACAGUGUUUGGCUGUGGUAUGCAAUGGUGAGCUGUAAAAAUAGAAGUAAAAAGAAAGCAUACUCUCAGGUAUAUUGUGCUGAUUCCUAACUACAUGUAUCUAAAUAAAAUUGAGUUUUAAAAAAAAAUUCCCUUUACUUGGUUUUGAAUUUUGCAAUGCAAAGCAUAUUUUUACAUUUUUAAAAAAUGUAAAUUUUAAACUGAAAGUUAAACCCGUUAAUGGAGGUUUUUUUUUUUAUUGCAAAAGUUUAGGGGAAAAAAGGUAAUAGUACCCCCGAAUAUUCAUCUAAGGAAAACCCCAUAACAAAAACCUCCUCUUUGGUACCAUUGUCUUUAAUCUUUUGUAAUAUGCUGAUAUUUUUAAUUUUCUUUCUCUUUUUUCCCCACAUUCUAAACUCUUUUGAUAUUCAUUUUCUCUAAAGGAAAAGAAAAAUACUAGAUAACAAACAAAAUAUGUUUUUCCAAAAUAAAUUAUUGAUUUUUGAAAUAAUCUUCCCUUUUUUUUUAGUUUCUUUCUAGUCAUUGAGAAAUACAUUAAUAUUUUCAGUCUUCUCUUGUUAUUUAUACAAGUUUAAGUGGAUUAUUUACUAAUUUUAGUGGGUGUGAUGCAGAUACAUUUGUGUUAUUUCUAAGUGAAAUAAAAGGAGGUUUUA